CAGACACCAGCGCCUCUGGUGUGCAGCACUGUAAAACAAUUGUGAAUAGAAAAAAUUCUAAGAAUUUGGCUGCGUGAAAAGAGUGAAAAAUCGUAGAUUUUCUUGAAUUUUCCCAAAUGAAAAGUGCUUAAGAGUGUGCCUGAGAUUGUAGUGAAUAGUAAAAUUCCUGAGGAAGAUGACAAUGGGUGACGAGACGCCAGUAACAUCGUUAAUUUUGGCUGUUUUGAUACGCCCCAUCUUGUCACAGCUCGAGAGGCGAGAUGUUGUGGCUUCGCAGACACUCAGGGCAGCUCUCACGAAGGCAGAACAAACCCAUCCGGGACUCACGUACGACCUGGUGAUGGGCAUUAUGCGCAAAGGAGAGAUUAAUGUCAACAUGAACGAGAGCAUCCUGCGACUCCAGGGAGCAGCUUCAGAUUCGGAUUUGAUUGAGUAUCGACUCAAUCGAUCAGAAGACGCCUUCCAGGAGCUCAACAAGAAGUCAGCAGCCCUCAAGCGAAUCCUCAGCCGAAUACCCGACGAGAUUACCGACAGAAAGACUUUCCUGGAGACAAUAAAAGAGAUUGCCAGUGCCAUCAAGAAACUGCUGGACGCUGUCAACGAGGUUGUGGGCUUCAUUCCGGGCACAUCCGGGAAGCAGGCGGUGGAACAGAGGAAAAAGGAGUUUGUGAAAUAUUCCAAGAAAUUCAGCACGACUCUCAAAGAAUACUUCAAAGAGGGACAGGCUAAUGCAGUCUUCAUCAGUGCUCUCUACCUGAUUCACCAGACAAAUCAAAUAAUGAUCACUGUGAAGAAUAAGUGCGAAUGAGAAUUUCUUCCGGCAGAGGAGGCGGAGGAGAAGAGAACUAUUAAAAAUGAUGCCAAGCACUAGGAAUGCUGCCAGAAAUGGUAAAUUAAAGAAAAAAAAAACAAACUCCAAAACUUGAGCAUAGAAAUAGAUUUAUUUAUAGAUUUAUUGAAAUGUUAAAAAUCACUGGGCAACUUAAUUUUUUGUUUAACCGAUAUUUAAUUUAUAGAGAUUAAUAUUUGUCACUCGGCCGACAAGUAUUUACACAUUUAGCGUUAAGCAUUAAAUAGAUAGUGAGAACAUAUAUUUGGAUAUUUUUUAUGAUAGACUUAUUCAGAGAAAACAAAAUGUAUAGAAACAAAUUUUCUUUUUGAUAUAUAAAUAUCGUUGUACAUGAAA